CCGAGUACGAGGUCUUUCUGUCUAGGAAAGACCUGGUCACGAAUUUCAUGUGACACCGAGAGCGCGUAGCGCUCGAGGUGUUUCAUGAAAUUCGUGACCAGGUCUUUCCUAGACAGAAAGAUCGAUGUACGAGGCCGAUAUCCGACUUACACACCGUCAAACUACGGUCCAAAACACACGUGUAAAUUUACCAUGGCCGAAGCGUAUGACUCGGACGACAUUUUGUCCCAAGCUCUGGAUAUAUUUGAGGAGCAGAAUGCCAACUCGAUUUUCUUAACACAGAAUACUUUUAGGGAUAUACCUGAAGAAGACAAAGAGAAUAUUUUUUCGAUUUUGGAGACGGCAGUAAAUGUUUCGGAUAUGUUGGAUGAUGGCGGUGCGUCGGAAAUUGGAGCUGAAAGAUGUGUCCGUCAAAAUAAACGGGAGCUGGAAGAUACUAUUUCUUUACAUGAACAAGAAUCAUUUAAAGAUUAUAAAGAUGACUCAACAAGAUUCAGGUGUGUAGCCAAAGAACAUGUGAAUCAUAUGUCCAAACCCCAAAUACCGCCAAACACUUUAAGGAAGACCACUUGGGCGCUAAACAUGUACAAAGACUGGGCUGCAUAUGUGUUACGUCUACGGGAAGACGAUGAAUUAGUCAACAUUUUGGAAGCAGAGCAGGAUAUGACAAAGCUGUCAAAUGAACAUUUAAACACUGCCUUGUGCAGUUUUAUUUUGUCUCUUAGAAAAAAAAAUGGCAGUGAAUAUACAAGUGGUAGUUUGUUUUCAGUAGUUACAAGUCUUCAAAAACACCUUGAAAUCAAUGGCCGCCUGGUUUCUUUUUUGAAUGAUCCACAAUUUAAUGAUCUCAAAACAUGUCUUGACAAUUCUAUGCAAAACGUUACUAAGCAAGGGGUGGGGUUGAUAAAAAAACAAGCUGCGGCAAUUACGAAAGAGCAGGAAAACGCUUUAUGGGAACAGGGAAUUUUGGGUAACGAAAACCCUCAAAGCCUGCUUUACACUAUAUUUUGGACAAUUGGGGUUAACUUUGGGUUACGCGGUGGGGAUGAACACCGAAAUUUGACCGUAGAAAAUUUCAAAAUUUUACAAGAUCAGGAUGAAGUGUUCUAUCUAGAGUACAGUGAAAGCGUGUCUAAAACCUAUAAGGGUGGUAUCAAGCAUCGCAAGAUUGAUCCACACAAAGCUAGGGCUUAUGAAAUAAAGGGGAGUAAACGUUGUCCAGUUACGCUAUUUCAGCAGUAUCUUUCAAAGCUUAACCCAAACUAUUCUCAUUCUGCCUUUUAUUUCAACCCACUUGUAAAACCCAUGGACGAUGUUUGGUAUUCUCUUACUCCUGUUGGCCAUAAUAAAUUGAAGGAUUUUGUUAAAACAAUUAUGAAAACUGCAGGCUUUGAGGGAUAUUUCACUAAUCAUUCAUUGAGGGCUACCACAGCUACACGCCUAUUCCAGGAAAACAUUCCUGAGCAGUUAAUCAUGGAGCAAACAGGGCAUAGAAGUAAUGCCGUGUUUAGCUACAAGCGCUCAAGUGAUCAACAAAAGCGCUUAGUCUCUAAUGUAUUGCAAGGGUCAGAUAUAGCAAAAACAAGCACGACUGUUGCCGAACAAACAAGUAAACAAAAUGUUUUUAACGUGUCAAACUCGGAGAUACAUAUUCAUAUGCAACUUUAAACGAUUGUAAUGGUGCAUUAUAGGUCGAUGUAAAAAAAAUUAAAGCUGCAUGCUUCCAGAUGAGACGAAAUAUAUCAAGAAAUCAAAAUUGAGAAAAAAUUGCUAAGAUUUUGUAAAAAGAAUAAAGUUUCAAGUAAUAAUUUGCAUGUUAUGUGCGAUUAAUGACUAAUUUUUCUGCAUUCACCAUCAUAUUUCUACUGCAUGACUAAUGCGAUAAAGGCUUAUUUUGUAAAUUUUGACUUUAUUUAGUAAUUUAGGUGGUUUGUAAUUUUGUGAGUGCCGUUUUUUAUUUGUUAAUUACCUAUUUUGUUCACUUCGCAAAAUUCUAAAAUUUUCACGAAAAAAAGUAUGAAUCUGGAGGGAUCUGCUUAAAAAUGUUUGGGAUUUGAACAAAAUGAUAUCUAAACACGUUGUCCAAAGAAACUUUGAAAAAAAAAGAAAAUUCAUUUAUUUUACGAACUUUCUUGUCGACACAUUUAAAAUAGAAAUGUACAUGUACAUGUACUUAACUGUUUUCAUGCAGUUAUAAUUACGCAUGCCAUUGUUUAGUAAUUGCAUGUGCUUGCAUGUAAAUGAAUGAUGGACAUUUACUGUACUUCUGAUUAUACUCUAUUUAAAAUGUAAUUUAUAACACGUAAGCGGAAAAUCCUGCAUUUAAUAAAGUAAUGUAUCUAGUGAGUUCUGACAAAAAAAAGACAUUUAGAAAAGACGCUAAAUGUAAUUGUUCCAUAUUUUCAAUCCAGACUGACGAAUACAUUCUCUGUUGCUUAACUUAUAAGUUUUUUAUAGGGAAUAUUCAAUUUCAAGUCUGGCCCAAGUAUUUAACAGAAUAACUCCGUUUUAAAUAAAGAUGUAGAACGGCACUGUGGUUUUGUCUACUGAAUUUCGAGAGCGAUUAUGGAUAAUGUAUUAAAUAUGUGAACUUUGCCGAAAAAAAACCCAUGAUUCUGUAAAUGUAUUCUUAAAACAAUUGGAUAUUAAAAAUCAAACAUGUC